AUGUCCCUACGUACUAAAGCUAAAGACCUAUUUGAUAUCACUACUAAUUUUAUGGAUCAUAAUAAUAUUAAAUGGGAAAACUGUUUGGGCGUGUGUACAGAUAGAGCUCGGGAUAUGUCUGGUCAGUACGGUGGACUUCAGGCUUUAGCAUCACAAAAUAUAAGUUGCUCUUUAAAUGAUGUACUUGAAAUAGUUAUAAAAGUAGUCAACUAUGUAAAAACAAGACCUGUUAAAGCAAGAUUUUUUCAAAAACUAGGUGAAGAAAUGGGAGCUGAACAUAAAAUAUUAUUGUUUUACUGUAAAAAAACUCAUUUUCUGCAAUUAUACGAUAAAAUAGUUGCUUUUAUUAAAAAAAUCAACUUAUGGAAAAGAAAAUCAACAGAAGAAAAUGACAAAACCACUUGUUUUCCACUUUUAAAAUAUUUUCUUGGAGAGAAUGGCCUUGAAUUAUCAAUGAGUUUAAAGACAAUAUUUUUAGAGCAUCUGACGAAUCUUGAAACUCAUUUCAUGAAAUAUUUCCCAGAAGAAAUGAAACGGUACUGUUCGAUUAAAGACCCGUUCACUGAGAAGUCACCAUCAAAUUUCACAACUACAGAAGAGGAACAAUUAAUUGACAUUUCAUACGAUUCUUCACUACGAAUGCAAUUUUCUUCGUAUUCACUUUUAGGAUUUUGGAACAGUAUUAAAGGUGAAUAUCCUGAAGUUAGCAACAAAGCUUUAUGUAUAUUUAUACCAUUUGCCACUUCGUAUUUAUGUGAAGCAGAAUUUUCAGCUGUAGCCGUAUUAAAAUAA